AUGAAAUCUUCUCGUUUCUUCGUCGUCUCUACCCUCGUGUGCGUAUCGUUUCUGUGCGUCGGCGCCGAACCGUUGAGUCUCAUCGUUGGAGUGGCGUCGGUUUUCGGUGGCGGCUUGCUCGUCGCGUUCAAGGGCACUCUCCGAUGCAAACUUUUUGAGUGUUGCGAUGCGCCGUAUAUCAAUCCAAAUUUUGAAAUACUACGAAAUGAGCUACGAACGAAGGUGUUUGGUCAGCACAUUGUGCUGCAAAAUGUCGUCGCCGCGAUAGAAACGCAUUGGAAUGGUCAACCUGUAAAACCGCUUGUGAUGUCUUUUCACGGGUACACCGGUUGCGGGAAGAACUAUGUGGCGAGCUUAAUCGCUGAGAAUCUCUACAAAAAUGGGAUGAAAUCCAGCUUCGUUCAUCACAUUGUUGCCUCGGCUGAAUUUCCCGACAUCAGCCGCAUUUAUGAAUACGAGGAGAAGUUGAGAAAACAAAUCCAUGAUGCGGCCCAAUCAUGUGCACAAUCGUUGUUCAUCAUAGAUGAGGUCGACAAGAUGCCCGAACGAUUGUUGUCGGCGAUUAAAUCUUACAUGGACUACUAUCAAAGUGUGAAAGGCGUCGAUUUUCGCAAAUCGAUCUUCCUCUUGUUGAGUAACAAAGGUGCGUCGGACAUUCUCGGAAUCACGAUCGCUCAACACGAGGCCGGCAAAGAAAGGGCAGCGCUUCGGUUGAACGAUUUUGAGGGGAAAGUUGCGCACGACUCAUUCAAUCGAGAAGGUGGUCUCAAGAUGUCGGAAAUCAUCUCAAAUCAUCUCAUCGAUCACUAUUUGCCAUUUUUACCCCUGGAACGAUCACAUGUGGAACAAUGCAUUGGCGCUUAUUUCGAGCUGCAACAUCGACCGGAGCUGGCCCGACAAAAGGACAAAGUGAAACUGGUGGCUGAUCAGUUGAAGUAUUUCCCAAAUGACAACCCAAUCUACUCGUCAUCUGGGUGUAAACGUGUGGCGAUGAAGGCCGAUUUGAUCAUCGCGAGCAAUCAACAACGACGGGAGAAACACGAGGGACACGAUCAGAACGAUGAGUUG